AUGAUCUCCCUACGAUCGAUCGUUCUGGCCGUUCUCUCCAUCGCCUUCCUCAUCUGCGUGAUUGAUGCUAGGAUAGUGGACCAAUAUGAAGACCACAUGGCAGUUCCAUAUGUGGCUGGUGACUACCGCCUACGAGCAUUCGAUGACUUCAAUUUUCCGCACAAACGUGUGCCGUCAGCCGGUGAUAUGAUGGUACGAUUCGGGAAGCGAUCAGUUUAA